GCAAAAGAGAUGAUGAAUGUUCUAAUCAGCGUAGGUUGCUUAAAGUAGUCUUAGCUUCUCCUGAUGAACGGAAUCAUCUACUGGCUAAUGUACACAACCUCGCCAGGUCAGGAAUUUCAGUCAGACCUGAUUUGUCUCUUGAAGACAGACUUAAACGAAAAGAAGUUUUGUCCCAGCUAGAAACAAGACGUAAAAAUGGUGAGACUAACUUUAACCGGUAGGUUUUCAAAUAGUCAGGCUAUGGAAAUGUAUGCUUCCAAGACCUGUGUGGAUAAGUCAGACCGCAUAGGAAGCCUGAAGGUAGUGUACACUAAUAUACGUAGUAUCGGGAACAAAUUUCACGAGCUAGGUGUAUUGGUGGAAGACAUUAGCCCAGGUAUUGUGUCCAUUACUGAAACAUGGCUGGUUUCUGGAUUAGAUGAGACACCUGAUCUAUGCGGAUUUAGUUGCUUGCGCAGCGACAGGGUUAAGGGUCGUAGAGGUGGCAGGGUUGCUCUGUACAUCAACACUCCCUACAUGUUCGCUCCGUGAAAUCUGAAGCGCAUGACAGUGGGACAAGUGAGGUAAUUAGCUGUGAAGUAAGCUUUGCAACUGGCACUCCACUCAUUGGAGUUCUGUAAAGAAGUCUCUAUUGUCAGUGUGAUGACUUUAUUUUCGAUCACCUCAAACAAUGGAGUAAACACAGUAGCUGUCUUUUUCUAGGUGAUUUUAAUGCACCUCUUAUAGACUGGGUAGCUGUCACAUCUCCAGGAUCCGCUAAUAAGUUUGACAGCCGGUUAUUCUUGACUACCAUGGAAAAUGCCCUGACACAACAUGUCUUAGGUAGUACAAGAUUCGAUUCUACCGAAGGACCUUCCUUGCUGGACUUAGUGCUUACUCAUGACAACGACGACGUGGAUGGUCUAGUUAUUCAUUCAACUCUAGCAAACAGUGAUCAUGGGGUGUUAUAUUUUAACUCAAGGGCUGGCAAUUUAGUCAGUUUUCAACCCAAAUCCCGACCUAGUGUUUGGCAUGCUGACGUAGUCGCUAUAAAGGAGCGUGCUUCAACUGCCGACUGGCCAGUCAAUAUGGUCUCACCCAUUGAAGAUGAAUGGAAUAGAUUUAAGAAUACACUUGAGAGGGUUACCACUGAUUUCAUUCCCUGGAGGGUUCCUAAAAGGCCAACAAAUCGGCCACCACGGAUAAAUAGGCAAGCUAUAACACUCCUAAGACGGAGAAAAAGGUUCUGGAAUCUCUUUGUUUCUACUGGGCUUCAGCAGUUCCGGCUGAAAUACUGUGAAACCAGAAACCAGUGUAAAACUUUGAUUCGCCAGUCAAGGGUAGCUUACGGAAUCCAGUUAGUUAAAAGUUCAUCAGGCUGCCCAAAAAGACUCUUCUCAUAUAUCAAGAGAAGAACACGUAAGCGUGAUGCUAUCCCACCUCUUAUGCUUGAAGAUGACCAGACAAACAUGGCUGAGGAUAACUUGACUAAGGCUGAGGCUUUGUCCAAGCACUUUAGUCAAGUAUUCUCUGAUAAUAUUAAUACCGGCUUUGUAACUUUUCCAGAAGGUAACGUAAAAAUGGCACCCUUAUACAUUGGAAAGGAUACUGUCCUAAAGUGGCUUCUAAGGCUCAAUCCUGGUAAGUCCAGUGGCCCUGAUGAACUCCACCCACGCAUAUUAACAGCAUUGGCUGAAAACAUAUCCGAGCCAUUGUCGGUAAUCUUCAAUAUGUCUCUGGACCAGUCUAAAUGUCCAAGAGACUGAAAAGAUGCCAUCAUUAGUCCGGUCUUCAAAACCGGAUCUAGAAACUUAGUUCAGAACUAUCGUCCUGUUAGUUUGACCAGUAUUGUUGUUAAACUGCUAGAAAGAAUAAUUCGUGAUGCUGUCAUUCAGCUCAUUGAAGGGAACAAACUUUUCGCUGUGGAACAGCAUGGUUCUAGAGCAGGUCAUUCUUGCUUGACCAACCUUCUUUUGGCCAGAGAAAGUCGGGCAAGCUCAGCUGCUGCUAAUAUACCGGUGGAUGCCAUAUUCAUCG